AUGAUAGUGAAAGGGCCUGGAUUCAAAUGGAUCUAUCUUCGUAAUUCGUAUCCUCACUACGAACUUCGUUGUUUUCAUCAUCUAUUCUACCCAGUUGUUCGUCAUAAGCAGAUUUUGAAGAUGGAUGCGGGUUUAAACGGGGAAGAACCCAAAUCAUGGGAUGAGUUAUACAGCAUAGAUUUGAUGCCUUCAGAGUUGUUUUUGAAGUUCAGGGAAGAACUACAAGGAUUUCGAUUAGGUCUUAAUUUGGAGUUCUACAACGCCCCGAUGAACGAAUGCCAAGCAAAGCUGGUAGUGAAGCCAUUGUCAAACGAGCGAAGAUGGAAGUUCAUAUACGAGCCUUUACAUCAUGACAUACGCCUUGUUUCCAAGAAGAUUCCACUAACCAAAUUCCUAAAUCUCCAGGUAGGAAUCGGACACAGCUUUCAGUUGCAUGCAACUGGUUGGAAAUGGAAGCUUACCACUUGUUUAGGUGGAGAUGGUAUAUCUCGAAUCAGGAACAAGACAUCUCUAGGGUUGUUCCCUGGUGUUGAUCUGAAAUUUGGAUGGAGGGCAGAUUAUGUGCUUCCAGAAUUCACAGGGGGUGUGGGGACUGGUGAACCAUUGAUUAACAUGAACUCUGGUAGAUUAGAAGCUUCACUUGACAGAAUUGAGACCAUUUUAACUCAUAGAUCUUCAGGUGAUGAGAUGCAAGAUUUGGAAAUGGAGAAACAUGUCAAUGAAACUGUAAAAUCUGAUAAGGAAGAAUAGUAAGCCAACUCCAAAUAGUGUUUGUAUAGGUUUUGAUAUUUGAAAAGAAAAGGGUUAAAAGUCAAAUUCAGGUAAACUGUGAGAUCUGUGAAUUUUAGGUCACUAAGGGAUUGUUUCUUUUUGACUUAACGGGUUUAAUGAGUUGAGUAUUUAAUCUGAACAGCUAUACCUUAUUGUUUUUUUUUGACUUAAUCUGGACUGA